AACCCAUCCCGUGAAUCCCCCUGCUCAGAAUGCAAUGCCUACUGCUGUGUGUGCUCUCAGGGAAAGCUGAGGAUUUAAAGGAGUAGCAACUGCCAGUGAUGUCAGACCAGCCUAAAAUAGAGAGGGAUAGACUGCAAAUCCACAGCUAGGAGACUAAAGCCUUCCAAUCCCGUUGUAGUCUGCAGCAGGUCAACACAGAGAGCUCCUGGAAGAGGAGAAAGCAAAGGAUCAAAGCCAGUCCACCAGCCCACCUCCCCACUGGCAUCAGCCACAGCGCUCAGUCUCCACCACGGGCGGCACUGCAAGCCUCAAGUCAUUCCAGGUCUGAGAGUUGGAGAGACAUUGACCCAAAAGGCAGGUGCUGAACCCUGUUCCUCAUCCCCCCACCCCACCCCCUUUGCCUCCUUUUUUUUUCGUGGCUGUAACUCCAGGGAUUAUCAUCAGACACAUCUUAUGUCACCACGACCGGACUUCCCAAAGAUCUUCUAAAGUGACCCAGUCCAGAGAGACCGAACCUGACACACCAUGACUUCCACUGAAGGUGCCAACAACACCCCCAAACAGGUAGAAGUUCGCAUGCACGAGAGCCAGCUGACCUCAGAUGAAACGCAUACCAGAUCGCCAUGCCUGAGAAUGUGCGACAAGCUCCUAGGGAACCUCCUGCUGACUCUCACAGUAUUUGGUGUUAUCAUGGGAGCAGUCUGCGGGGGGCUCCUUCGGAUGGCAGCCCCCAUCCACCCGGACAUUGUCAUGGUCAUCGCCUUUCCGGGAGACAUUCUCAUGAGAAUGCUGAAGAUGCUGAUUCUGCCUUUAAUCAUCUCCAGUUUAAUCACAGGACUGGCCGGUUUGGAUGCAAAGUCGAGUGGGCGUCUUGGAACCAGGGCUAUGGUGUAUUACAUGUCCACUACCAUCAUUGCGGCAGUUUUGGGAGUAAUCCUCGUCUUGGCUAUACAUCCAGGAGACCCCAAGCUGAAGCAGCAACUUGGAAAGGGGCAGGAGAACGAUGAGGUCUCCAGUUUAGAUGCCUUCUUUGAUCUUAUCCGCAACCUUUUUCCUGAGAACCUGGUGCAAGCGUGUUUCCAGCAGAUUCAGACGGUGACCAAGAAGGUUAUCGUGGAGACUCCCACCGAGGAACCUUCCAACGUGACAGACUCCGUCUUCUCCAUGAUGAACGACACGGUCGUGACCACUACAGAGGAGAUUAGUAAGAAACUGGAGUUUAAAGACGGCAUGAAUGUCCUAGGCUUGAUUGGUUUCUUCAUCGCAUUUGGCAUCGCUAUGGGAAAGAUGGGGGAACAGGCCCGGCUGAUGGUGGAAUUCUUCAGUAUCCUGAACGAGAUCGUCAUGAAACUGGUCACCAUGAUAAUGUGGUAUUCCCCUCUAGGUAUCGCUUGUCUGAUCUGCGGGAAAAUCAUCGCCAUUAAAGACCUGGAGCAGGUUGCUAGGCAGCUGGGAAUGUACAUGAUCACCGUCAUUGUCGGCCUCAUCAUCCACGGAGCCAUCUUCCUGCCGUCUCUGUACUUUGUGAUUACCCGGAAAAGCCCGUUCCCCUUUCUGGCUGGGAUUUUCCAGGCUUGGAUCACAGCUCUUGGCACAGCUUCCAGUGCUGGGACGCUGCCUGUCACAUUCCGCUGUCUGGAGGAAAACCUGGGCAUCGACAAAAGGGUAACGCGUUUCGUGCUCCCUGUUGGGGCCACAAUUAACAUGGAUGGGACGGCUCUGUACGAGGCUGUGGCGGCCAUCUUUAUUGCCCAGAUGAAUGGAGUGGUGCUGGAUGGUGGACAGAUAGUGACAGUGAGCUUGACGGCUACGUUGGCCAGCGUGGGGGCAGCCAGUAUCCCCAGUGCAGGUCUGGUCACCAUGCUUCUGAUUCUGACAGCUGUGGGGCUGCCCACCCAGGACAUCAGCCUUCUCGUCGCUGUGGACUGGCUUCUGGACCGUAUGAGGACUUCAGUCAAUGUGGUGGGCGAUUCCUUCGGAGCUGGCAUUGUCUACCAUUUAUCCAAGGCAGAACUGGAAAAUCUGGAUAAACAGCAUGCACAGCAGGAAACUGAAAUGACCAAGACUCUGUCCAUUUAUGACGACAUGAAAAACCACAGGGAGAAUAACUCCAACCAAUGCAUUUACGCAGCGCACAAUUCUGUGGUAGUCGACGACUGCAAGGUAACGCUGGCAAACAACAGCAAAUCGGCAGACUUCAACGCUGUCGUGGAAGAGAAGCAGGAAGUGUAAGAGUUCAGGAACACCGCUGCCACCACAGCCUGUUGUCGUGAAGAGUGUUAGCGUACAGUAUGACUAUUCAUAACCCAUUUACCCAGCUCAACCCUUACAGUCAAAGCACAGAAAACCUUUGGGACAUCCAUGUUUCGCAAUAUGCAAAAUGGGGGAAACCGGACCAAUGACUGAUUUGGUCUUGUGGUGUUGAGAAUGUAUGAAUGAGCUGACAACUAGGACUCAGGUACAAAACAUGCAGCAUUUGGAAGGGUACUGUCUGCGGAACAGUGUUCAUUACAUUCCGUUCUCUUGCUGGUGUCGUAUACGUUCCAUGUCAGGAUCUAAACUCAGUCCAUAUUUAUGGUAUUACAUAACUUUUAUUACUCCGUAACCAGUACUCAGCGUAUAUUACUGGCCUGCAUCAUCUCUUAUAUGUGUUAUAGAGUCACAGUCUACAUUGCACAGUCUUCCUGCUCUAGGCCCGGCCUGUUAUAUUAACAUACAAUCAGCAAUGGAGAACAACCAAGAAUAUAUUUUUUGCUUUUCUAGGUAUUUAAUUUAUAGGAUUUAUCCUGUGCGCCGUAGUUUGUUACAUAGCGCUGAUCCCAUGUUUUACUUUUUUUUAUUUUUGCUGAAAACGUGAAGUGUUCUUUUAAUUUUAAAAUUGAUGAGUUUUUAUGUUUUUUGAAAUUUGCAUAUCUAUUUUUUAAUCCAUUUGUAAUAUGUGAAGGCAUUUAUGUUACGUACUUUACAUGUGACCGUUUUUUUUAAUCUAUGAAUCGUUAGCGUCACUUGCUUCAAGUCAAAACGAAGGAAUGUUCUGAGUUUACUGACAAUGCACAGGCCAGUUCCUAUGACAUAUUACUAAGAUGGUUAUUAAAGCACAUUUCAUGAGAUUCUUUAAAAUUAUAUUUCAGAGUUUAUAUAUUCCUGCAAUAAAGCUAAAAUAAUGACCUAGAUUUAAAUAUCCCCCCCCCCCCCCCCCCCAAGGAAUUUUUCUAUGUGCUUCAACCUUUACUAUAUCCACUCCGUAUACAAUAAUAAUUAUGUGCAAUACAAACAUAUGAAAUAAAUUUGCAUACCACAGGGUGGAACUUAAGAAUCCAGGUUUUAGAACGCACAAUCCAGACUUUAGCACGCAGUUAUUUUGCAUGCAUUAUAAUAGUACAGUAAUGGCUACCGAGUGCGUUAUAUCAGGAUAACGAGAUGUUUACACUGUGCAGGUGGUUUCUCUAGGUUUUAUACAGAUCAUAUCUACAAUGUUGUUCCAAAAGCACAAUUAAGUGUUUUGUGGGGUCUCGUAGAGAGAUUUUUGUGCAGGCCCCACGACCCAUAUAGCACAGACUUAUCUCCUGGUACCCACAGGGUAAUAUGGAUUAGGCCUAGCAGGUACCCAGGAGACAGUUACCAUGACGACCUGUGUAGCACAGCAAUGUCUCCUGGUGCUUGCUGGGUAAUACGAAUUAGGCCUAGUGGUACCCUGGAGACAGUUACCAUGACAACCAGAUCAGCACCUUCGUCCCCAUGGCAGCACAAGCAUGAGUGAUGCUGCAUAUAGAAACCACAGGUGAUGCUACGGCGUAUACAUUACACCCCCCACGCCCUCUCCCUUAUGUACAGGCUCCAAAUGCAGACAUGCACGGGUGAUAAUGGCCCCACUUUCACAAACACGGGUCUGAACAGAGUUUGGCCUGGAUAAUAAAAUUACCAGUUGGUCCUUAUGUAGGCUCGUGGACCCUGUGGCUGUCCGGCUGUCGUUGGACUACAAAGCCCAGCAUGCUGGGACUUACAGUUCCACAGUAGAGAGCCACAGCUUGUAUGUUCUUCCCGGACCGGAGCGGCUUGGACAUCCCCGUUCCAACGCUGAACAGUGUAAAAUCUUGUCCAAUUAGUCAUAAACAGACCUUCAGAGUCCUAAUUAAAGCACAAAGUAAUAGAGAAAGCACAAAUAUCUAUGUAUCCUACAGCACAGGCUAAUUAUACAUCAUUAUUAAUUAUAUCACUGCCAAGGUCUCUAGAUUCUAGUGCAGGAUUACAGAGAUACAUUUCCGCUGACAGAAUAUAUAAUGUGGCAUUUAGAAGGUUUUCAUGAUUUACAAAUCCAUUGACGCUUCCAGGCGACUCCGCUCACAGGAAAUAAGAUGUUCGCAACGACGCAUUACGAAACAUUACUGUAUGUUAACAGAUAAGAGACAAGCCGUCAGAUAAUAAUAUAUCGUGUCAUAUAGUUUACAGUUUUUCUGACUUUGCCUUUACAAUAAUGGACCAAAUAUAUUAUUAAUGGGACCAAUGAUUUUUGCCCCUCUAUAAACGCCCCGGCACGGUGCCAGGCUGGAGGGGCAGAAGCUGGUAGAUACAUUCCUUUCUGAGCAAACCGUCUUUGGCAGAUUUAGCAGCAUGAUUAAAAUUAACCCCCAUUCCAUUCUCGUCUAUAAAAAGGAUCUUAAAAUAUAUUUUGUAAUUUUUUUGCCAAAUGAAUAUUAAUUUAAAGGUGCAAUUUAUUUCACUAGAAGGAGUAUAUUUUUUCAGUCAUACCCAUGUCCCAUGAAUCCCCCCUGCUUAUUAAACAUUCAGUGUAGCCGAUCGAUGAUUCUGCUGUGAAAAGCUUUUAGUCCCAGGCGAAACCCCUGCAUAGAUAUCAAUAGCAACAGUGGCAUGUUUGGUGUGUGAAAAUGUACAAGCCAAAAUACGCAUUAUUAUUUUUUAUUUUUUUUAGAUGAACGUUUAUUCUUAAUUUGCACAACAUAUAAUGAUAUAUACAUAUUGCAGAUCAUUUCCCUUUAAGCCUGACCUUGUACAGUUCGCACUGGAUGUAGGCAGACUGAGCGACAGUAAUGGCCUGUGACACUGCUUGGGAAGCCUAGGCCACAGACUUAUCCGACACCACUACCUCAAACACCCUGAUCAUGAGCCUCAUGGUAAGGUCCAGGUUUCCCUGUGACCAGUCCCCAGCCACAAGGCACUAAUAGCUGUCAGAUGUAUAAAGGGAAGUGUCCAUCUCGAUUGAUUGGUGUGAGAAUAUUAACACCCUUCCAGGAGCGUGACUGAACUUUCCGGGCCCCAUUGCUUCUAGAGAGGCACAUCUCUCCGCAGCGGUUGAUCAUGCCCCAUAGUAGUGACCCCAGUUCACAUUAUGCCACACAGUGGUCAAGUUCACAUUGGCAUGCUACUGCUUACCAUGCUCCGCGGCCUCAGCCACGCCUUCCCAUUGUGUUCUGCUCGCUCGCUGAAUGUGCUGCCCAAAGUCCACCGCAAGACAGCGGGCUGGUGGAACGGGCCAGUUCACAAACCACUUGUCAUGAUUCUGUGGACGCAAACCAAAAAAAAGCCAGCAACUGGGCAAAGCCAUGCUGCUCGCAGGUGGGGCAGGAGUAACAUGUGCAGAGAGAGUUAGAUUUGGGUGGGUGUGUCCAAAUUGAAAUCUAAAUUGUAGUGUGAAAAUAAAGCUGUCUGACAUUUGUGGGCUACAUGCAAAAGCAGCCAGUAUUUACCCCGCUGCCCCGCUCCUCUCUGCCUGCAACUGUUACAUCCGCCCCCUCUCUGUCUGCUACUGGCCAGCCCUGACCCUCUCUCUACAUUCUCCCUUAUCCGAUGCCGCCCUUGCUUAACACCCCCCACCCCUCAUCCCGCUCCCAUACUUACCCCAUUACAAGCGGCCAGUCUUCAUCCUAUGCUUUGUAUGUCCCGUCUCCCUGGCAGUGAACGCCGUUGGGUCCCUCUGCGUAUGCAUGCUGGAGAUGGGACAGACCUUACAGAAUUAUUAUAUAGCUGUUGCGCCAUUGUGAACUUGUGCGCUGAGUGCAGGGGAGACAGGCACCCUAAGCCCAUGUGCCCAUAGCAAUGGCACCUGCUGUAGUUAUGCCCCUGGACCCAUCACUGUUCUACAAUAUCACCAUGAUGAUGAAGAUGAUGAUGAUGACGAUGAUGGUGACAUUUUUGUUUCUACAGAGCAACCUCAUUCUCAUGCAUUGUGGAUCCAGCUUUUCCCAGCAGUUUAAUUGAUCAAUGUAAAAGUGUAGUUUUUGGCAUUUAAUUUGUUGUGCUGGAGGAAAUAUACCCCAGUGUCCCCCGGUAAUUAUUGUUAGAUGUAGACGUGUGCUGUUCAUGUCUUAUGAUUCAGAUUUUUAUUUGACACUUUGUGCCAGCAUGCAUAUCAAGUGCCUCUUGCACUUUAAUUAGAUAACGGUAGGCAUCAACGUGUAAUUUAGGUGAACGGUGCAUUAUAGACGUGUUUAUACGAUGCGGUAGAAAUGUUUCAAAUUGUGCUUUUUUUUCUUCGAAUUUUUCAAAAACAGACGGAAGAUGUUUGCAAAUGGCUCCUAUUUCUUAUUUUGUACGCUCAUUUCAGACAUUGACCCUGUUCUAUCACCUCAUGUUUUAUUGUGUGUAUAUAUAUAUUUAUAUACAUAUAUACAGCUAGCGUGUUGUAAAUAUAUCUGAAUGUGUAUCACGGUUAUGUAGGCAGCAACGCUUUGUGACGUUCCAUAACUAACGAGUGACAACUCCGGAUUGUGACGUACAAUGGCCGUAUAAUGGAAUGUUUUUUAUCUAUUACUUUUGCUAAUCGGUGGCUUAGUGAUUUAGAUGUGUUAUAGAAAAGUGAUUAGACUCUAGGUAGAAUUGUUAUGACGUAACGCGGCAUGUAGACGGAUAUGGUUAGUAAAUGUACAGUAGCACACAUGUUGGACAUUUAUAAAGUUGAUAUGAAUUUUGUCAUUAACUCUUUCCCUCCUAGGAGAGUGUCGUAUUGCACUGGCCUAGAAUGGGUUACCUGCAAUUGUGGACAGGCUGGUAGUUUUUUAUCAUUUGCAAUAUUGUUGGACACAUUCUAACUCCCCUUCUUGUUACAUUAAUGUAUACCCCCACAGAAUUAUUCUCACCCCAAACAUAUAUAGCCCUAACUUUUUUAUUUUUUUAUUGAAUAUUAUUGUUUUUUUUCCAAAUAAUCCAAUGCAGAUUAGCUGGACAUGUCCUCCGCCUACACCCCUGCCUCCUAUGUGAGCCGUCGGUUUCUCCCAUGUGAAGGACCCAGGUAUUCCGCCAUAUAGUGUACUGCGGAUUUUCCGCUAAGUCUUAGCGGGGAGGGGAACGUCACCCGCAGUAGAUAUACAGUAUCGGCGCAGGAUUGAUUUGGUGACUAAUAAUAUUCCAUUAAAAAAUAUAUAUACAAUUUUAGCUUUGCUAAUAUUUGCAUCCUUUUCUUUCUAAUUCACGCGUUAUCACCUUCAUUUGGGAAUACGUCUCAGAUUUAAUGUAGAACCUGGGAAGGUGGAUGUCCAGUGUUUGUUCUUGAAAUUGGAGUUAGGGUGGCGGCACACAGGGUGCUGGUUCCCUGGGCUAGGCUGGGAAAAGUGGGCCAUUAGGUGGCCCAUGACCAAAAUCUUGUAGCAAAGUCCAGUCCGCUUGUGGUACACAGUUUAGUGGAGGCACUCGCAGUCCUGGGUGGCUCAGUACUAGCUGAUUACGACGCUUCCCAGUGAGCUCAUAGGCUGAUUAUUGGGUAACACCACAAAUAGUUUUGUGUAGGCCGGGUAGGUACCCUGAGAAAUUUUGGUGCCAUAGAGUGAACCCAUCCUAGAGCCACACUACGAGGCUACUGGUCCAUGCACUUAUUUUCACUGGCAUACAGUCCAGUUUAGAUGGCCCUUUGGAUUGCCUGGUGCCGCAACGGUCCUACCAUAAUCUACCACCUCCACGCCCUUUUAUGUUCCCAGAUCUCUAUUAUUAUACUACAUCAAAUUAACAUUAUAUUAUAUAUUACGGGGAGUCAAAUCAAACGACUCGCUGGUCAGUCUAGGCCAAGUCAACUCAAUCAAGUACUACUCAUAGGGGGGAAUUAAGUUCUAGACAAUGUGCGGCUGCAUACAGUGUAUCAGCGAAAGUUACAGCAUACCAACAGCGCACAAUUACCUGUGCAAAUCUACGGGGUGUGACGUUGGUGGGCGUGAGGCACCACGUUCCAACCUCGGCCGCUAAUUGAGUUGUCCCCAUGGACAGGACCAGAUUGGUGUUGGAGGAAACACGUGGAAGGGGUACACUAACUGCAAUACUAGCAGUAGCAGCCACGUUCCACCAUUACUAAAUAUAUAAAUAAUCCAGUGGCCUACAGGGAGUUAUAAUUGAAUUGUUUUUGUGCAAAAUGAUUGAAGUAUAUCAAAUAUGUUUUUCCUGUUUUUUUUUUUUUUUUUGUUAAACUACAAAUGCUUCAGUGUGUGCAAUGUAAUUGGAUGGUUAAUACGUAUGACCCUCCCUGCGUUUCCCGUGCUGACAUAUAAGACCUCUCCUUUGUGGUGUGCUCUUACUGUGAGUUACCUUCUGCCUUUCAGGUUUAUAGAAAGUUGCUCUGAUGCUCUCAAACCGUGUCACAUCAUUUUCUGUAACUUAUGUAUAAAACUGGAAAUUCUUUAUACAUGACAAUAUAAAUAUAAUAUACUUUGCUAAGUGUUGUACCUCUGUACAUAUCAAUAAAUGUUGGUAUAUAAAUUAUAAA